ACUUAAAUGAAAUAUGCCAAACUGGAGUUUUGUUAGUACACGGUAUUAAUGCGCGCGGUAAACUUGCACGUAAAUAGCACACGCGUCAGCUCUAAACCCAUCUCAAGUUGGAGGAGUAUACAUACGUAAACGACAAAAAUGUCCCUUUUAACGGGUAGCGCAAAUACAAUCAAAUAUGUGCUCUUCGCAUUCAAUUUGGUGUUUAUGAUCACUGGCAUCAUUCUUAUCGCUGUAGGCGUGGGCGUGGCAGCCGUAUUCACUGGCUAUGACAUAUGGCUCGUCUCUAAAUUCUUCUCAAUACCAACCUUCCUUAUCGUAAUCGGCGUCUUCGUCAUUUUCAUCUCAUUCUUCGGCUGCUGGGGUGCACUCAAAGAAAAUUACAUUCUAAUUCUUAUAUUUUCCAUAUUACUGGGCUUGAUUUUCAUUCUCGAAUUGGCAGCAGGAAUUAGUGGUUACGUAUUACGUUCGGAUGCUUCAAAUCUAAUUGAAACAAGUUUGAAUGAUUCACUUAAAUCAUACAAUAGAAAAGAUCCCACAAAUUCCUACACAAUUACAUGGGAUUAUGCGCAAAGAGCUUUCGGCUGUUGCGGCGUUAAGAACUAUACAGAUUGGACGGAUAUAUACGAUGGUGAAAUGCCGCUUUCUUGCUGUGACAUCCCCGAUGGCAUUGUCGGCGCAUUCAAUUGCUCAUCCGCAACUGAAAACAAAUAUCGCCAUUCCACUGGUUGUUUGAGUGGAUUCUCGACUUUUAUAGAAGCACACGCUGUUAGCUUGGGCGCAUGCGGUAUUGUGCUUGCCAUCAUUCAGUUCUUCGGGGUGAUCUUUGCCUGUUACAUUGCCCGUGAGAUAAGGAUUCGUAAUGGCAUAACGAGUAUAUUUGGUUGAAUGAAUCACACGUAUCACUCAACAGUGUGCGCAAAAAAGUUGCGCCUUUCAUAAUAUAGUUUUGUUUAAAAAAUUUAUCACUUACAUUUAUGUACGUCCAUAUGUAGCUUAUGUAUUUAUGAAAACUGGCUUUUUUGCUAUUAAAAAUAGCUAAUACAUUGUACUUGGCAUUAUUAAAUAAUAAAAAAAUAAAAGUUAGUUAAUUGAA